AUGGGCCGUUCACUACAUAAACAACAAGAACCAACAAUAGCAGAAAGUUCAGAAACAGAAUCACAUACAUCAUCAGAUAAAUUAUCCUCAAAAAAUCCAAAUGAUAAUAAAUCAUUAGAUGAAUUAUUUAAAGAUUUAAAUGAAGAAUUAAAUAAAACUAAUACUAAAAUAAGUAGCUCCAAAGAUUCACCAAAUAAUAUCCUUGAUUCAAAUGAAGAUUUCACCUCAAUAAAUUAUGAUUUUAAAAAUUUAGAAAAAAAAAUAAAUAAUCUACCUAAAAUUCAAUCAAAUUUAGAAUCAUCAUCAUCAUCAUCAUCCAACCCCAAAACAAAAAGAAAAUCAACAUCAAUACGAAUUCAUGAUCCAGUAAUGACAGCCAAAUCAAAAACAAAAUCAACUAAACCAGAUGCAGGUUCAAAAUGGUUUAAUAUAUCACAACCAGAAUUAACACCAACAAUAAAAAGAGAUUUACAAAUAAUAAAACAAAGAACAGCAUUAGAUCCCAAGAGACAUUAUAAAAAGGAAAAAUGGGAUAUUCCAAAAUUUUUUCAAAUGGGUACAAUAAUUGAAAGUAGCUACGAUAGUUCCACGAAUAAAUUACAAAGAAAACAAAGAGGUGAAAAUUUAGUUAAAGAAAUUUUAAAUGAUGAUAAUACUAAAAAAUAUUUUAAAAGAAAAUAUAAUGAAAUUCAAAUUUCUAAAACUAGUGGUAAAAAGAACCAUUAUAAAAAGGUUAAAAAUGAUAGGAAGAAAUUUUGA